AUGCGCUUAUCGAUCAUCCUUCUGCUGCCAUGGCUAGCAGUUGCAGCUCAUGGCCAAAUCACGUCGGAACCGUCAGAACUCACCCGGCGUGACGACGUGCCGCCAAUCUCUGACUUCCUUCGUCGAGCUUUUGCUUCAGCUAUCAUCAUCGGUGAUUACCUCUACAUAGAUGGUGGUGAAGUCGCACAGAACUAUGACGGCAAGAAUAUGUCCUCUUAUUACACACCGUCAUUGCCAGUGAACUCGACGCUAUCGAUUAACUUGAAGCAGUCCUGGAACAGUGCGAAUGUCACGAUGCUUUCCGCCCCCAAGGGCGAAACACCCAGGAUGGAACUCCAGGGUAUCUGGCGCGAUACAGAGUCCAAGUCAUUCUACGUCUUGGGCGGGCAAGUUCCUUAUUGGAGUAAGCCACCGGAAAACGAUAUCUGGCGUUUCGAGGUUGACGGCAAUGGAGGCGGCGCCUGGUCAAAGAGAAGUCCGCCCAAUCUUGCCGAGCUAUACAAACUUGAUCGAGCAACAGAGGGUGCCUUUUGCCAGAGCAAGACCACCGGCUACUACUUUGGUGGCUAUGCAAACGCGCGAACCGACUUGUCUAUUACAGACAAAGACAAGACCCUCAACGUUCCAGGGCUUGUGUCCUACGACUUGAAGACAGGCUCGAUCAACCAUACCACUUUCCAAGGGCCUGGAAACUUCACAUUUAAGGGUGGUACCAUGGAAUAUGUGCCCUUUGGGCCGGACGGUUUACUGCUCGUGUUGGGAGGGUUUCAAGGGGCACCGACAGAGACCGGCUAUGGCAACUGGACAGGCGUGGACUUCGCUUCCGUCAAUUUAUAUGAUAUAAAGGCCAACAAGUGGCACUCCCAGCAGACCACCGGAUCGAAGAGCAGCAUUCCACCACCAUCAGAGAAGUUCUGUACAGUUGGUGUCCAAGGACCUAACAAAACAUAUGAAAUCUUCAUCUACGGCGGGCGGGUCAUGGGAGAAUCGAUACGGAAUGCUACCGACGACGUCUACGUCUUGAGCCUACCCAGUUUUGUCUUCUUCAAGGCCAACGAUCCGCAAUCGACCAGACGCCUGGAACAGGCUUGUGUUGCAACCGGGAGACAGAUGAUAUCUGUUGGCGGAACGGACGGCCGCGCCUGGCCCUCGUCGCUGACAGACAAAGAUCCAUGGCCUCAAGGAAUCGGCAUUUUCGACAUGACGGAAACGCGUUGGAGUGAUCAAUAUAACGCAAGCGCGGAUCCUUAUGAGUCUCCAGAUGUAGUCAAGAACUGGUAUGCUCAGGGAAAUCGGGUCGACUGGUCAAGUGAUGAGGUUGAGGCGCUAUUCAAAGAAUCUGCAUUUCCAGACCCUACGAAUACGCCAACAUCAUCUCCGAACGAUGGCAGCUCUGAAAAUUCCGGGACGCCAACUGGUGCCAUUGUGGGCGGCGUUGUCGGUGGACUAGGAGGCUUGGCUAUCAUCGCCGGGCUUGCCGCAUUCUUUCUGAAGCGCAAGAAAAGGCGCCCGGAACUCCUGAUCCCGCAAACUAUGCUCCGGUCUCGAAGUUCGGUUCUGACGGUGGUGCUUACACGGAGCCCGCUAUGGACCAGGUCCAUAAAGCGAAUGCCAACCAGCAUUCAAUUCCUGUGGAAUUACAGGGCCAUCACGGGGUUUCUGGAUUUCAUCUACGGUGGUCGGGAGACAAACAGCUUUGCUACUUCCGACGAGGUCCACGUGCUUAGCCUUCCUGGUUUCGAAUUCUUUAAGGCAGACCUCAACGGCCUUUCGACACCACGCGCAGACCACGCAUGUACGGUAAUCGGCGGACGACAAAUGUUAUCUGUUGGCGGGUUAUUUCCUGAAACAUUUAUCGGCAAGAGAUUCUCAACACCGGAUCUAUGGCCCUUGGGUCUCGGCAUCUUUGACAUGACGGAACUCCGUUGGACAAACCGUUACGAUCCGAAUGCUGGAGGUUAUGACUCUCCCAAGGUGGUUAAAGAUUGGUACAGCCAGGGUAACGUUGCUAACUGGGUAUCUCCGGAGCUCAAGGCGCUCUUUGCUCAGUGGUCUCCGAACGCUACAGCAAGCGAAGUAGGAUUGCCUAGUGAUACGGAAUCUCAGCCAUCAGAACCUCAGCCAUCAGGCCCUAAUAUCGGCGCUAUUGUGGGUGGUGCCGUUGGAGGAGUCGCAGCACUGGUUCUCGUUGCUGGUCUGGUGUUGUUCUUCAGGAGACGGAGGAAGCGGCAGGUAGCGGCAGCACCACAGGAUUCUUCUCCGUCGUCGAAGUUUGGCUCAGUCGGCACCGCGUAUACGGCGCCGGCCUUGACUGAAAUCCACGAAGCGGACUCUUACAAUCUCAGAGAGUUGCCAGCGAACCAUGGGGUGCCGACCCUGACUGGAAUCCACGAAGCGGGCUCUUACAUUCUCCUUGAGUUGCCAGCAAACCAUGGGGUGCCUCCUAGCUCAUAUGAGCCACAGCCUAGGCACGAGAUGGCGGCAUAA